AUGGCAGUUGAGGCUCCACCAGAUGGAUCAGAAGAAGAAUUUAAACGUGAAACAUGGACUAAUAAAUUGGAUUUUUUAUUAGCUUGUAUUGGAUUUAGUGUUGGUUUAGGAAAUGUUUGGAGAUUUCCCUAUCUGUGUUACAAAAAUGGUGGAGGUGCCUUUCUCUUGCCUUAUUUUAUAUGCGUAGCAAUAGGAGGAAUUCCGCUGUUCUUCCUGGAAGUAACUGCCGGACAGUUCAUGGGCAAAGGUGGUCUUAAAACAUGGAACCUGGUUCCACUUUUUCAAGGCAUUGGUAUCACAACUUGCAUCAUCAUGUUCCUGGUCAAUUGUUAUUACAAUGUCAUCUUAUGUUGGGCUUUCUACUACAUGUUUAACUCAUUUCAAGCUGAAUUACCCUGGUCUUAUUGUGGACAUGAAUGGAAUACAAUCUGGUGUAAUGAUGAUUUUAAAUCCAAUGUAACUGUCAACGAUACAGCAGCUAAAUAUAAUUUGACCAUUUAUGAAAAUAGUACAUAUAAAUUUUCUGAUCCUGUCACAGAAUUCUGGGAAUAUAAAACUCUGGCUAUCUCGGAUGGUAUUGAUGAUGUUGGAGUUAUUAAGUGGGAUUUAGCCCUGUGUUUAUUAUUUGCAUGGAUUGUGGUGUAUGCCUGUAUUUGUAAAGGAAUUAAAUCUUCAGGAAAGGUUAUGUAUGUAACAGCUACCUCACCCUAUAUUUUUAUGUUGAUUUUAUUGAUCAGAAAUUCUCUAUUGGAUGGUGCCUAUGAAGGUGUAUUAUUUUAUCUUACACCUGAUAUGGAGAGGUUAGGUGAUAUUCAGGUAUGGGUUGAUGCUGGAACACAGAUUUUCUUUUCUUAUUCUAUUAGUUUAGGUAGUUUAACAGCAUUAGGAAGUUAUAACAAGUUCAAUCAUAAUUCAUACAGAGAUGCGAUUCUGUUCUCAAUAGCUAACAGUGGUACCAGUUUCUUUGCUGGCUUUAUAGUGUUCACAAUUUUAGGUUAUAUGUCUGUUACUCAAGGUAUUCCUAUAAAAGAUGUAGCUGAAUCAGGACCCGGUUUAGCUUUUAUUGCUUACCCUAAAGCUGUAGCUCAAAUGCCGAUAUCUCCAUUGUGGUCUAUAUUAUUCUUUUUGAUGUUGAUUCUACUCGGUUUGGACAGUCAGUUUGUUGGUGUUGAAGGUGUCGUAACAGCUAUAGUGGAUCAGUAUCCUAGCUAUUUAAGAGUUGGAUACAGAAAGGAACUAUUUAUUCUGUGUAUUUGUAUCAGUAACUUCUUCAUAGGUUUAUCUAUGGUUACUAAUGGAGGGAUGUAUGUUUUCCAAUUGUUUGAUUAUUAUGCGAGUAGUAGAGUUGUUUUACUGGUAGCUUUCUUUGAGUUAAUAGCUAUAGGAUGGUUUUACGGUGUAAAUAGAUUCUAUGAUAAUAUAGAAAUGAUGUUAGGAAGAAGAAUCAUGCCUUACAUGAAAAUCUGCUGGGUUGCAUUAUCACCAUUGUUCUGCAUAAUUGUAUUUAUUUUGAGUACCAUCAACUAUUCUGAAUUAACAUAUGAACGCCCAUCUACAAUCUACAAAUAUCCUAAUUGGGCUGUUGGUGUUGGUUGGGCUAUGGCUUGUUCAUCUAUUGUUUUCAUACCUAUUGCGGCAAUUUAUAAAUUUGUCAAAUACGGCUUCACCUUACAGGUAAUAUUUGUUUUUUCAAUAGUCUUUAAAUGGACGAGAUGUCAUAGUAUUGGUAAAAUUUUCACGGAAGAUUGCGAUAACGUUAUUAACAUUUUUUGUCACUUCCGUGAUUGA